CUCUUGUCACCGGCUUCUUGUACACACCGUUUCCUAUUUAAACGACAAGACUGGGUAACAUAAUUAGUUAUAUUCUGUACAGCGAUGACGAAUGGCGUGCUGCUAAUCUUCACCUUUCUAUGUUGCGUUUUUGCACUGUCUGCCGAAGCUGGAGGGCAUCAUCUUACUUGCCUGAAUCCAACAAUUAAGGCGGAGCCUGGUGGUAAUGUCACUCUGCAGUGGGUUCUGGAUCCCCCUGCCAACUUGUCUGCUUGCACAGUAGAUAUCAGCAGAGAUGACCUACCUGUCCAUGAUAAUAUCGUCCACGUGUGUGUACGUGGACGGGACCAUCAUCGUCCACAAAUGGCUCAGUACAAAAAGAGGACAACUCUAAACCAUGACGACCUGCUCAAAGGAAUCGUGACACUGAUUAUCUCUUCAGUAAAGCUGUCUGACAGUGGACAAUAUGGGGUCUUUGUCCCAGAACUGAAUGUCAAUAGUGUCAUUGACCUCAGUGUUGUACCCAAAGAUGACUCCAGCACAACUAAACCUCCAGUGGAAGGAGUGACCGAGCCAGAUGAUCGUGGCCAACGGAUCGGGUCGAAGAGAAAUGAUUCCAGCACAACUCCAGCGGAAGGAUUGAACAAGUCAGACGGCGCUGAUGGUGGAAACAGGAGGACUGUUGGCGCUGUUAUCGUUGCAGUUGUUUUCGUCAUUUUCUGCAUUUUCACUGCUCUGAUUCUGAACGGCAAAAAGAUCAAGAACUGUAUGAGGACAAACGGAGGAAGAAGGGAGCAAGAGGCAAAUGUGACAAACAGCACUGAAUCGAUUCCUCUGAGGACCACAACACAAGAUGACCUGAACCAUGACGGACCUGGAAACAACGUGCAAGUAGUUUAGUGAUGGCUUGGACUCUGUUUGUAAACUUGGUUGAGUUGACUGGCCUCCCCAAAAACGCACAAGUCACAAGACUUUUAAAUGCCAGUCAGCCAAAAAUCUUGGUGUUAUGAAAUCAGGGACCUUUUUAUCGUUUUAAUAUUAAUCAUGUCAAUUGGUCAUAUCCAUACAUUUGUGUACACGAGGGAAGGUGUGCAUGUGUGCAUAUACAGAUAGUGUGACUCCUUUGUGCUCAGUGGCCCUCAUUUAUCAACCUAACAUACAAACCAGCGCAGAUCAGAGUGCAGAUAUCAUCUUAUAAUAGGCUUUGUGUGUGAUUCAUGAAAUGUUAACUAGCUGACCAGAGAAUAGGCUUUGGUAAAUGAGGCUGCGUCUUUUAAUUAUGCUGCCCCAGUAUAUUCUUGAUUUAGAGGCCUCUCCUCGAGAGUUUACAACAUGGAGAGAUGUCAUACAGCCAAGAGGAGAAACUUCUCUGAGCUAGAAAUGGAAACGCUGACGUCCCAGCUACAGUUCAACCAGCUGCUUCUAUUUGGCAGCCUAAAAAACAACAUCAAAUGAAGUAUUGAAAGAAAUCACUGCUGUGGCCAACAGCAUUGCGUUGGACAAUCAAACUCCAGCUGUUUAUCAUAUUAUAUAAUAUUGAUACUGUUAUAGUAUUUCUAAAAGAUUAUAGUUGACCCAGACCAAAGAGUGCCUGGCUGAACAGACGGCGGAGGAGACACAGGCACACCACCUGUGUCUGAGCUGGACGAUGUAGGCUAAUAUAGUCGCCCAGGCUACUUGUAUUUGAAUUUGAAUUUAUUUUUUUAUAUGGUGAAUGAACUAAAAUGAUUUGGUUUUGUCACUGUUUAAAAGGGAAAAAAAGAUUUAAAAAAAAUAGACAUAUUAGAGCUGGCGGUGUUCAUCCUUCGAGGAGUCAGGAAACUGCCAGCUGUGAGAGCAAGCAUCCUUGUGGCAGCUUUACAUUUUGAAGGGAUUAAUAUAUAUUUAAAUGACAGUCAGAAUAUGGUUUCAUAAUAAUCCUCCAGCACAGCCAGAUUAACUCUGCUGCACUGCCAGUCCGUGAUGACUCAAACUUGCGUACAUGGGCUGGGACCUGACGUAAGAUUUGUUUAGAGAUGGAUAUCGUUAAGAUUUUAUCGAUUCUACUAAUUUAACCAUGUGCCUUAUCGAUUUGGUUCUUUAUCGGUAAUCUUAUAGGUUCCUUUUCUUUUCUAAAUAAUUGAUUUUUAGAAAAUAUAUUAAUUUUUAGUUUAGUAUUUAUUAGUCACUAGUCACUCCUUGUACUGCCCCUGCAGAACGUUAGCUUGUGCGAGGCUAGACAGCCAGUCAACAUAUCGAAGUCCUCCGAUAAACGCACAAGGCUUGAUUUUCUUGUAUUUUACUGCAGUCUUCAUUUAGUGAAUUUUGUUUUGUUGUAGAAAGACAAAUAAUCUCCAGGCAGAAGCAUACUGGAAAAACAUUUAUCAAAUUCAGGAAUUCAGCUCUGUCAUUGACUGUCUGUGCUCAAAGCACUCUAAUUUCAUUGUACAACUUGUAUAAUGACAAUAAAUGUGAUUCUGAACUCGAGAGAGGCUACGCUAGCAAAGUGAACGGAGAAAAAUGCAGGUAGGCUGACCGAGCACAAAGUGGUGAUAGCACUUACUCUGAUGCUGGUUUCAAAAUCCAACAGAAAAUAUCUUGCUUUUAGCUUUUAAACUCUUUUUAAACCAACUUAUUUACAUUAUUCACUUAACUUUCAAAGACAGCACAUUCUUCCUAAAAGAGAGAGGCUGUGUUGACACGUUUCAUCCCGUCUGCCACCAGUAGGAAACUUUGCAAAACCCAAUUUGAAGCAAAGAAGCAAAAAGGCACAAGCAGCUCCAGCUGCUCCCAUUUUUAUAUUUAUUUUAGGUGUGCAUGGCUGCAUAUCAACGGGAGUAGCAGUGGAAUAUUAAUUUUCCUCUGCCAUGUGAACAGCUCAGUAGGAAUAUUGUCUUUCUUUGGAAUAAGGGCAAAAUAAUUUGUGCAUGUACAUGUGGCCCAUGUAUGCAGUAUGUGUAAAUGAACUUACCAGCACUCAGAUCUGUCUGCUCAUCUCUUAGGGGAUUUUCACUGGCUCUACAGCUCAAACUACAGAUUGUACUUCGCAUUUUUGUAUUGCACAACCUCGGACACAAAGAGUAUAGACGCACAUCCAGAUAGAGACUGUCUCUCAAGCUAAGAUCAAACUAUUUCUCCUAAAAUGUCAUCAGAAACUUUUAGUGCGUAGUUAGAGCUUGUGAACAGGAAGUGGGCACCUUACUGUUCUCCUGCACUAUAAAAACAGAACCUGAACAAACUGAGAUCAAAUAGUCGACCAAUGAAGAUGAGUUUACAUAUCACCUUGGGUUCGUCCUUCACCUUCUCAAAAUGAUCCCACACUUUGGAUUUCCUGCCCGACAUGUUAUUAACUAGCCUGUGGAAUAACCGCAGGUACCAGCCCUGGAGAUUAACCUGACUCCUGUCUGACUGCUGAGUGUGGACGCUUCCUGUGUCUGUCCUUUCAAAUUAAAGUCCCACAUGGUCCAGUCAUAUAGGUUUGGAUUUAUUUUGACAAGGUGCAGCUCCUGAUAGAGUUUCACGUUUGCUUUUUUUUAUCCUUUUAUUAUGUGACUAAACGACCAAUGAAAUCUUGCCGACUAAUGACCUUUCUAGUCAACUAACAUUUGGUCGACUAUUAGAGGGCAGCCCUAGAUUAAACAGUAAAAUAAAGCAGCACUGAUCAAGCAUUAACCAAGAUUCUUUGAGUACGUUGCCUAUUUCUCGCCUCUGAUGUUUUGAGAAACACUCUUUAUCUCACCGUUUUAAUGAAAUACACCAUCGUAUGUUACCAGCAUUGUGUCAAACAGACAGGUGCACGUCAGGUCACCCACCAGCAGGAGCGUGUAUUGGUCCAGUGCGCUGCAGAGCUUUCUGGUAGUUGAAGAUUUUCUGCCUCUUGAGCCAAAGUGAAUGCCACAGCCCUUUGUCUUUGUUUUCUCUGGUGCUGUGUAGGGCUGCAACUAACGAUUAUUUUCAUGGUUGACUAAUCUGUCGAUUAUUUCUUCGAUUAGUCGACUAAUCAUUUUAUCGAAAAAUGUGUUAAAAUGUUGAAAAAAUGUUGUCGGUCUGUCUCUCCCAAACCCCAAAAUGAUGUCAUCUAAUGUCUUGUUUCGUACUCACGCCAAAGGGUUUUAGUUCACCGUCAUGGGAGAGUGUGUAAAGCUGCCAAUAUUUGUACAUAAGAAGCUGCAGUAAGAGUAUUUUGGAUAUUUUUAUAGUACUUUUCUAUGAUAACUGACUCAAACCGAUUAGUCGACGACUGAAAUAGUCACUGAUUAUUUGAAUAGUUGAUUAGUCAUUGAUUAGUCGACUAAUCAUUGCAGCCCUUGUGCUGUAGCACCCAUAGUGCCUCUCUACUCCAGAGACAGCCUGGAUUUAUGAAGACAUCUUUCCAGCAUCUCAGAAAUGCUUCUUAAUCUGUUUCAUAACUGAUUCUUCUGUUACUUGUCAGUGUUUAAGCUAUUUUUAUGACACUUUAUAUCCCCCUGCUCAGAGUUUAUAAGCAGUAUACAAACAUUUGAUGAGUGGUUUGUAACACACUGUAAUGUAUCAGCAGAUAAAAGGACAUUUUAAUGUCUAAAUGUUCACAAUUUGUCAUCAUGUUUAACUUUUACGAAGUUUUAUGUUACAACGGUUUUACUGUAUUGUUAUCUAUUUUAGUUGUUGACAUUAACAAACUAUUAUCUGCAUACAGCUACAUUUUGUGUGUUAUUAUCUGAUUAAAUGUCUGUGUAGGGCUUAGAAAUGCUGAAAAGAGGAACUUCAGGUAAAGUGUUACCACAUCUGUCCUCUCAUUUUCUGACUUCAUGUAGACCUUAAUCCAAUCAGUGAUUUCUUUCAGAUGAUUUGUAAUUCUUUGACUCUAACUUUCUCAUGUGAAUGUCUGUCUGUACUUGUAUAUGUUUGCAUUAGAUAACGGAUAGAUGGAAUGGAUUUUUUUUUUUUAUCUUUGUACCACUGAAACAAUAUGAAGCACUUCCGAAGCUUUAAAUUAAAUGUA